CGACCAACUUCAAACCAUGGAUGGAGAGGGAAGUAAACCGAAAGCAAAUAUAGAUGAUGCGUAUGCAUAUCUUAGGACUGUACAGGAUAAAUUUCAUAACGAUCAUGACAAAUAUGACAAAUUUCUUGCUAUUAUGAAUAAUUUUGAAGCUCGGAGGAUUGAUAGGGCUCAUUGCAUACUGGAGGUGAGGGAACUAUUUAAAGGACAUCAAGACUUGAUUUCGGGUUUCAAUAAAUUCUUGCCAGAGUGGUUGGAGAUCUCCCCAACUUAGAUAGAGGGUUUUACUAUCCAUCAUUUUCAUUUCGGAUCUGAACCGACUUCGGUUUAGAUUUAUUCUAAGUCGAAUCUGUUCUUUCUUCAUAAACAAAUCAUGUUUUGGAUUUAACCAUUAAGGCUUAGUAAAAAUAAGGUUC